AACUUCUUUCUUCGGCAAAUUUACCGUCUUGAUAAUCGAUCGUCACUUCUCAUUUUCCUGAACAUAGAUUGUUUCCUCUCAUUUUGUUAAGCUUCCUUCUCAAUCAUCCUACAUACGAUCUGUUAGGUUUCUAGGCGGUGACGAUGCAAGGGGGCAGAGGUGGGAGGGAUGAUUUUUUUGGGUUUGGGGGUUUUCCCUCUGGAUUUGGUGGAUUCGGUGGAUUCGGGAGGCCAGAAAGCCUAAUUUCAAGCUUCUUUGGGGGGGCGAACCCCUUUGAUGAUCCCUUCUUUACUCGGCCAUUUGGUAGCAUGAUGGGGCAUGACCUUUUUGGUGCUGGAGGGAGUAUCUUUGGAACAACCAACCGUGCCACACAUGGUGGAUUUCUGGAACACGAGAAUUUGCCACCGAAGAGAUCAGGGGGACCGAUAAUCAAAGAACUGACUUCAGAUGAUGAAGAGGAGGAAGGGGAACAAAAGACUGAUUUUGAGAAAAAGGUCAACCCCAGAAAACAUUUGAGGCCUGACAAGAAUCCAUAUGUUGAGGAACCCGACGAUGAUGUGGAAGGGAGAAAGAAGAAACAGUUGCACAACAUCAAUGAGUUCAACAGGUCUAAUGCAAAACACCAACAAAAUGGUUCUUACUUCUUUCAAAGCUCUACAGUCUCUUAUGGUGGUCCUAGUGGAACUUAUUACACUUCUUCUACCACAAGGAGAGCCGGUGGUGAUGGAGUGGUCAUGGAGGAGAACAAAGAAGCUGACUUAAGCACUCGUAAAGCCAGUCACAGGAUAUCCAAAGGAAUACAUGGGAAGGGUCAUUCAGUUACAAGAAAUCUGAAUUCUGAUGGGAGGGUAGAUACGGUUCAAACACUGCAUAACUUGAACGAAGAUGAGCUUGUGAAUUUUGAGGAGGAUUGGAAUGGUAAAGCGAGACAAUACUUGCCAGAAUGGAGCAGUGCAUUUGCUAAUGACAACAUGAGGAUUUAUGAGCGCGACAGACAGAAAUUGGAACCAUCACAUAGACUGGCGCUUCCUUCCAUUCCACAGGCACCAAUGGCACCGAGGCAAAGCUCUUGGCCUAACGUAGGUGGAGGAGAAGAAGGGCAGUCAUCUCGCAAAAUGACUUCGCCUUCGCCGGCGCUUCUGAAGCCGCUCUACUCAUCAGGGAGAAUGCAGUCCCAAGCAAGGCCUAAUCCAUAUGAUAGGAGGUUCCAGUGAGGAGAGUUUUCUAACCCAAAACUCAAAAUCAGCUGUGAACAGCAUUGAUUUGUUAGACAGUCUGGAUGAGCAUCCGACAUCUUAUUAUCCUUUGAAGAUUGGUUAAUCUUACAACUUGUAUGCUGUACUAUUGGCAAAUUUAUAUUACUUGGUCUGCAUUUCAAACUUA